GGCGGUCCCACUCAAGACGGUCAUCAUGCGAGGGUGGUAGGCUAGCGUCUGUCAGUCUGCCGGCAGGGUGGUUGUACGUGCUCGGCUCUAAGUAAGCUAUGUAGCGGGGUGGCCGCUCUCCUCCGCCGCUCGCAAGAAUACCGGAGUGAAAAGGAAGAUGGCUAACGAGCCUGUGAGCUUGAUCUUCAAGAUCUACUGCCUGUCGGUGAUGACGUUGGUGGCAGCAACAUACACAGUGGCCUUGCGAUAUACUAGAACAAUUUCAUCAGACCUGUACUUCUCCACAACUGCAGUGUGUAUCACCGAAGUCAUUAAACUGAUACUGAGUCUUGGAAUGUUGGCCAAAGAAACGGGCACCCCCAGCAGAAUGAAGAACGCCAUUGUGGAACAUGUGUUUCAGAGUCCCAAAGAGGUGCUGAAACUGAGCGUUCCUUCCUUAGUGUACGCUGUUCAGAACAACAUGGCCUUUCUCGCCCUGAGCAACCUCGACGCCGCUGUGUAUCAGGUGACCUAUCAGCUGAAGAUCCCGUGCACAGCCCUGUGUACAGUCCUCAUGCUGAGCCGCUCGCUCAGUCGGCUGCAGUGGUUCUCUGUCUUCAUGCUGUGCGGGGGGGUCACCCUCGUCCAGUGGAAGCCCGUAGAGGCCACUAAAGUCCAGAUUGAGCAAAAUCCUUUCCUCGGGUUUGUAGCGAUUGCUGUUGCAGUCCUGUGCUCUGGAUUUGCAGGUGUGUACUUCGAGAAGGUCCUGAAGAGCUCGGACACAUCCCUCUGGGUGAGAAACAUCCAGAUGUACCUUUCGGGAAUUGUGGUGACCCUCGCCGGCGUUUUCGUGACCGACGGCGACAAGGUUCUGGAGAAAGGUUUCUUCUUCGGUUACACCCCCUGGGUGUGCUUCGUUGUAUUCCUAGCCAGUGUGGGUGGUCUGUACACGUCAGUGGUGGUGAAAUACACAGACAACAUCAUGAAGGGUUUCUCUGCGGCGGCAGCCAUCAUCCUCUCCACUGUGGCCUCUGUCCUCUUGUUUGGCCUCCAGAUAACGGCCACCUUCACCUUAGGCGCCAUGUUGGUGUGUGUGUCCAUCUACCUAUAUGGACUUCCAAAGCAGGACACGUCUAAGCUGCUCAGAGUAGAUACAGAUAAAGAGUCAAAACAGAAGCUGAUGAAUAUCUGAGUCUCGGACCUGGACAAGAACAGCUUUUCCCCCUCAGUCCAGGGCGAGAUCUGUGCGGAACCAGCCUCCGGAGGUCUCGAAGAGCACCUGCAGAGCCGGGGAUCUUGCGCCCAUCGCCCACCUCCUGCUAUUCUCCUCAAAGGUUCACUGGAUUCUGGUUGGUUCUGAAUUCAGCUCUGUAAGAGGUCUUUGCUCUGCCGACUACCACCACACACUCACAAACACCUGCCCCCCCCCCCCCCCCCCACACACACACACACAUUUUCGGUCCAAGCUAACACGACCCCUUUCCAGUUAAAACUUUUAGAAGAUGUCCCAGGACAUCUAUUCGGCUUUGAAAUGCAGUAACGGUUUUGUGACACAAAUGUUGGUCCCGCAGUGUGUCUCUUGUAGGGGGGCACAGAAAUACCACUUGGACUGCUGCUCAUGGCGACGUUCAACAUGUCAUCCCGGACUCUUGUCAGUUUGUUUGUUUUUCUGUUGAGGGCUGCUUUUGAACUGUGGAUUGUUAAUGUCUCGUAUUAUUCUGUCAUCGAGUUAUCCUUACUGAUAUGCGCGGCUCACAGGACGACCUGUGAAAACGCGCGGACAAUGGACUGCAUGUCUUGCUACGUUUUAUAAUGUAGUGCCAGUUUAAUUCUGUGAUAAAUCAAUGUGCCCUUUUUAUCGUGUGAGACUGAGUCCUAUUCUUUUUUUUUUGUGGCAAACCAUCAUUUUCAAAGCCCUUACUGAAAAUGAAUGAUGACAUAGACUUCCACGGUUGUUCUGUCUUAAAGUACCCCUCCGCUCAAAAAUGUGUUUUUCUUAUGUUUUUGCCCCCUAAAAUGGCCGGCCUUGACUCUACUAAUGUGUAUCCUGUGCAGAGUUUGUCACCAGAGCGGUGUUUUCACGUUCCCCUACUGGAGGAGCUGUCUGUGCACAUCCCUAAAAUCCGAGAUUCACAUUUGGUACGUCGCCAAUCGCCGUCCAAUAUGCAAACUCGGGGCAGGCGAAGAAACGUCACACCUCCUGCGCGGAGCGGACUUGGACAGCGAGUUUGCGUUAGCAUAGGGAAAGUUUUAACAGCAAUACGUGGUAAGAGUGUGCAGUUUUUGGACGUAAACCGGACCCUUGAGCUUCCCUUCACUAUCUACCAAAAAAAAAAAAUCCCGCAAUAUUGCUGAAAUGGUUAUGGAUUUAUUUACAGACUCACAGGCCUGCAAACCUGGAGGGACUGCUGAUCUGCAACGCUCAUUUCAGUGAGGAGUGUUUUCAUAACCUAACGCAAAAAUCACCGGGUUUUACACGAAAUUAGGUUUUUGAAGUGCGAUGCUGUGCCGACUGUUUAUCCUGGGACCGCGACAGCGAGCGAGAGUCAGUAUGUAAGUAUGUAUUUCUUUUACUCGACCAACAGUCAAAUGAAAGCUUUCUGCAUGUGUCAUUUCCUUUGUGACUUACAAAUAGCAUUAACUCUGUUAGCUUCUUCCUAGCUGCUACUAGUUGUUUGGUCAUAUUAAAACUGUAAUAGUAAAACUGUAAACUAUGUGUUUGACUUGAAAUGAUGAUGGCGACGAUGAUGUAGCAGACAGCACGCGACAUGGCUAAAUCACGCUGCGUUGGCUUCUGGAAAGGUGCAAUGUAAAAUACACGUUAUUUUCAUUCCAACCAAGUGCCAAACUGUGUUUUUUGUUUUAUACUGUGAUAUAAGCGUUGGAUAUGUUUAAAUUCACCAGCAUUUUCUUAAUGUAUACUCAAUUAAACCAAGAAAAUG